GAUGUUUAGUGGUUUAGAACGCCAAAGUUAGUUGUGAUGAGUGGAAAUGUGUGUUAUGAAUUGUGUUUGUUUUGAAUGUUCGUGUAGGUGAAUAUUUCUGCUGGGCGGAAAUGAAAGAUCAAGGGAGGACUCCUCUUCGAACUAUAUUACAAAAUUUUCUGAAUCACGUCGAGAAUCUGGAUAACCAGAAAGUUGAUGGGAGCUAUGAAAAAGAAUUUCAGGAACUGAAGCUCUUCAGUGAGGUUCUGAAAACAUCAGAACAGUACUGUUGUUCAGAAGGUCAAAAAGAAGUAAACCGCAAGAAGAACCGUUAUAAGGAUAUACUGCCCUUUGAUAUAAGCCGAGUUGUUCUCGAUGGUUACGCUGGCGUGCCUGGAAGUGACUACAUCAAUGCAAAUUUCAUUAAGGGUGCUAGUGGCUCACUGGCUUACAUUGCCAGUCAGGGUCCACUACCUCAUACAGUUAACGAUUUUUGGCGUAUGGUGGUGGAAUGUAAAGUUCAAGUCAUUGUCAUGGCCUGUAAUGAGGAGGAGGCUGGAAAGCACAAAUGUGAGAACUAUUGGGUAGAGGAAGAAGGACAAGAAAAGCAGUUUGGAAUGGUUACUGUUCGUCUAGUGAAGGCUAGUGUAGUUUGCCCUGACUUCCUCGUGCGGACUAUGAUGCUGAAGUACACAAACAGUCAGUCAGUUACCGAACAUCGUACAGUUUGCCAGUUUCACUACUCUGCUUGGCCAGAUCAUGGUGUGCCACCACUGGUGAGACCUCUGCUGGACAUGGUUCGCCUUGUGAGAGAUACUCAGGCUUCAGAAACUUUGCCUGUGCUUAUUCAUUGUUCUGCUGGUUGUGGCCGCACGGGCACAAUAUGUGCCAUAGAUUAUGUUUUGGGUCUACUCAGGGCUGGUAAACUGACCAGUGACUUUAGUUUAUUCAACCUGGUGCGUGAAAUGCGUAAACAACGCACAGCAAUGGUCCAGACAAAAGAACAGUAUGUUUUGGUACAUCAUGCAGUCAGGGAACUUUUUUGUGAGCAGUUACGGAUGAUUGAUUCACAUCCUUAUGAAAAUAUUGAUCUCAAUGGUAUGCCACUUGUGAAAGAGACAACUGAUUCAAAUUUGGAACCAACUUAUGAAGUAAUAGAAACACCAUGUGAAGAGAAACAAGAUAUCAGAGAAAAAGAAAUAUCUAAUUCUACUGCUCCUCCAUUGCCACAUAAAAAGAGACUUUCCACAGCAGCUUCCAAACAAGAAAAAGAAGUUGAAAAUCUAACAGAGAAACAGCGUUUAGCUUCUGAAAGGACUAGUGUUAGUGAGGAAAGUGUCAGCUCCAGUGUCAUGACAUCAGUAACAUCCACACAGAAACCGCGGAUAGCAAAACUGAAAGCUAUAUUUGAGAGGAAUCUAGGAGAUCUUGAAACAACCAAUCCUCCGACCAGAGUGCGUCAUUCACAACAGGUCACUCGCAGCCAUUCUCUCGGCGCAGUUUGUAAACCUGACUUGAAGCAGUUAUCACCGAGUCGAUUUGGGCAGAGUGAAACAAAGACAGUUCAGCACAAUGUGAAUGAACCCAAAGAAGAAAGCAGUUCCUCACACUGUUCUGGUUUUCAGCCAGCUCUUCCUAUCAAACGGAGUAAGUCAUUACGGGUUCUAGGUUCUUCUGAUCAGUCAAAACUGUCUUUGGUUUCAGUAGGAAAAGGAAAUUUGGUAAAAAGUCAAAAAUUUUGUGGGAGUGAAAGUGUUAGUUCAGGAAAGUGUAUUGCAACGCAGCAAGCAAAAGACUGCACAGUGAAUCAUAAGUCUUCAGGUACAAACAUUUCACAUCACUUUGAAGGAUCUGAAAGACGAGGGUUGGAAACGGGGACCGUCUUUAACCAGCCGAGUUUGAAUAGUUGUCCACCUAAGUUUUCAGACAGAGCAGGUGCAGGAAAUGAACAAAGGUAUGAUGGAGGCCAGAAACUGCAUGGGUUAGCAAACUCUGUGAGUGAUAGAAGCAGCAGUUUGGAAUGUUGCGGCACUGAGGAACUGAAGGGUAACCUAAGGAAAGUGCAAGGAACGUCAGUUAGUGGUGGUGGCGGUAGCAGCAGCAGCAGUAGUAUGGAAUCGGAAGCAAAAGCAGCUCUGUGGCCUCAGAAUAGGUCCACAUGUCAAAGCAAUUUGUCUAAGACUGAUUUAGAUGAUAGAAGAGGUUGGAAAGAUAGUAAGCAGUGUGCAACAAAUUUGGUAAAAUAUGCUGUGUGUCAACACAGAAACUCAUUAAGUAGUGGACAGUCUCAUGCUUCUUCAAGUGUUUAUGUAAAGCCAGUGAACCAAGGACUUUAUGGUGAAAUUCAGAAGAAGGUAUCUAGCAUUGUAACAGGACUCGGCGUAAGGGAGAGAAGGAAUAGCUUCAGACAAGCUGUCAGCACUGAUAAGGUAUCUGGCUCAGAUACACGUUGUGUAAAAUGUGAAAGUGAUAGUGUGUGGUCAAAAAGUGAUAUACAGGUUCGUGAUGCUAAAACUCUUUCAGAUAGGCAGGAAAGUAAUUCCAAAGUGUUAAUUCAGAGUGAUUUGGUGCAGGGUGCCAAAAUCUACUCUAAUCUCUCCCCACAUUCUCAUGCAGAUGCUUUACACCCAGUGGUCCAGGAUGAAAGGGGAGAAAGAAAUGCUCGAGCAGGAGGGCCGCAGCCUCAUAAUUCACAAAACAAAAUUAAGUGUUCAUCAGUUAGGACUGAAAAAAAUCCAGUGAAUUGCUGUAGUGAAGCGGUAAACAGAAAAUGUAUCCAUCAAAGAGCUGAAGAACAAAGAGUGGCCAAACCUGUGAAAGAAAGCAAAAUAUCACCUCAUGUUUGCAGGGAUGAAAAAGUUUCUUGUGUCAUGUGUGAACCAGAGGGCAGAAAUCAACACAGGAAGGUAGAAAGCACAUACUCAAAAUAUAGCAGAAUAUUGCCUGUUGGGAGAAAACUUUCUCAACCAGCAUGGGUGAAUCAUGAACAGUUGACUUCAAGUGUCAUUAGGGACAGUAGCAGUAGUGGAAGUAGAUUGGAUCCUCAGCAGUCUCAUUAUUUGCACGAUAUGAAACCUGAACUGACUGUUUCAGCAAAACCAUCUUUUGUCCCUCAGACUGAAAGAUACGAUGACAUAGUUACAAAUCGUGUGUCUUCAAGUGAAGUGAGCUACCAUAAGGGGUUCCUAAAUAAACCAGUACCACCUCCUAGUAAACAAAAACCUACCUUGGUUAGCAAAACUAUAAGAGGGAACAGUGCUUCGAAAAAUGAAAGAGAACCAUGCCCAGGACAAAGUAGCGCUUCAGCCAGUGCACAGUUCUUUGGUGAGCAGAGUACUGUAGGAAGUGAUAGCGUGUUUGUUAAGAAUGUAGAUGUUAGUCAACAACAAACUCAGCAUGUGGAUAGGUUAGUGAGAAGAACAGUUUGCAAAGAAAGGGAAGAAGGGAACUCCAAAUUAUUAGCAGCAACAGACAGCCAGCCAUUUGCAAGAAAUGUGGCCCAAAGCAGUGGACCUGACUUUAAAAAGGCUACAGUAACUGUUGACCAGCACAAAUAUCAACACAGUAGUGGUCACGUUCCUGCACUUGGGCAAGAUGAAAAGCUGUCAGCACGACACAAACAUGCCUCACUGAAGGAAAUAAACCGUAGUGAUGAUUCAUUUAGCUAUGGUCUUGUUGCUGGAGUGCAGCUGCGACAAGGUUCACAAGAUGACAGUGCUUGCAGCUGUCCAAAUGUUGCACCUAAAGUGAGACGGCAUGCAAGUGUAGUGCUCUUGCGACAUAGUCUCAUAGAAACAGCACCCCUCUCAGUUUGGAGCAGAGAUCACCAAGGUAGAGCUCCCCGUGUACCAAAUGUGAAACCACCUCUAAAUCAAGAAGGUACUGCCGGCUGGGGAACUGCUGCUGGUGUUGAUGUAGACUUUGUUGCAGCAAGUAUGAAGUCUCAAGGAAAGCCAGAAGCCUCAUUUCCUCGAAAUACAGAAACACAGCACCUUCAGAGGCAUACUCAGCAUAGUUACCCAGAUGUUCCACAACGAACUGCAGGUGCAGAAGGAGUCACGUCACCACAUCUAGUGAGGAAGCAACACUACCUGUAAGGAAGGGUCCAGAUGUUAGAAGAAACUGGUUCCUUUUGUAAAUAUGUAAGAUAUCUGUUACAUUGUAAACAAUAAUAAAUCUGCUUAAAACAA